AUGAGUUUAAUUGCUACACCUCCUAAAACCCAAUUUCCCGCUCCACUGAUCGUGCAACUCAUCGAUCAAACUUACCCAAACAAAACCAUACCUUACACCGGCGAUUUCCGACCUCUGCUGCAGUACACAUCCGCCGACGAUUCUCGACUGAUACCUACAUCGGCGACAAUUUCAGGUUUGCCCUCCAACCAUCGCUGUCGCACACCACCGCCGACGCUGCCCCGUACCACCACCGUCACUGCACCAUACCACCACCGUCGCUGCCCCACACCACCAUCGGCGACACCCCAGAUCGAAAUGACAUCAAAUGGAGAAUGGAUGUACACAAAGAUACUUACUAGGAAUGGGGCUUUCAAUACCGAAUUUCGACACUAUGUCAAUCAUUUCUUGGACUUUACUUACACGAACGCAACAAACAUCCAACAUAAUAUUAUGGAAGGGGUGGAGGUUUUUGAAAUUAGAUGUAUGUGUAAGAAAUGCAAAAAUCGUUAUUACAAGACAAGAAAUUUAGUUGAAUUGCAUCUAUGCCAGAAAGGAUUCAUUGAAGAUUAUAUGUUUUGGUAUGCACAUGGCGAAUUAUAUCCAACACAAGAAAAUGGUCAAUGUUCAAACCCUGAAACGUCUCAAGACAAUGAUGAAGGUGUGGGUGAUUAUCAUAGAUACGAGCAGAUGAUUAUCGAAAGCAUGCAUCAACCUGAGGCUCCUUACAGUCAACAAGCUCCUUACUUUCAACAAGUACAACAAAACCCAAAUCAAUCAGCCCAAACUUUCUAUAAAAUGUUGAACCAAGUUAGCGAGCCUUUAUAG